AUGCUUUCCCUGAACAUUGCUGACCAGUUCGGGGACUCAGCCAGAUGGGAUUGCAAUUGCGAUGUGCGCGCAAGCGGUAAGGAUUCAAGGUCUGCCUCUGUAGAUCCCCUGUGCGCCACCCAGCACACCCGCCGCGGCGCAGCAUCAAGCCAUUCCUCCAUCGCCCGUCCCCCACGGCUCUUUUUCUCCACCGCAUCCGCACACCACACCACACCGCGUCGCCCGUCGCCAGCGCACGCGCAACCCGCAAUUUCAAUGGGUAACACGGCGGAGCAGCAGGCAGCGUUCGCGGCGUUCGAUUUCGCGGGCAGCGCGGCGUGGCGCGACUAUUUCAACAACCUCACAAUCCCACCGGAUAGAGCCAACGACCUCGCCGUCCUCCGCCGCUACAGACAAAGUUCUUCUGCCAGCAGCGGAGGCUCGGCACGAGGAGCUGGUGGCUUGGAUACGGGAGUCGACGCGUCUGCUGCUGCAGCAGAUCCUUCCCCAUGGCUUCCCCAUCGCCUCCCCUUGGCAUUCCCGUCCUGUCCUUUGCCACUUCCACUUCUAUCCUCCACAGCGUGGUUUGUAGCAACCGCAUCAACCGAACGAUUACGCGAGUGCAGCCAUCUCUGCACCUUUCAUGUCAUGGAUCAGAGCGAAAAGGGGAAGAAAAUCAUCGAUGAGUCUUCAGGCGAAGUAAUCUACGAAACGGACCUUAGGAGGAUCCUGGAGGUGAUGCCGAAAAAGGAUAACGUUUCUAUGCUCGUGGAAGCAUGUUUGGAGGAUCCGAGGGUGGAGGAGUUCGUGAUGGCGGAAGCCGACAAAAUUGUUGCCAAUCGCAAGCUCGUCCUGCUAAGAGCGUGUUACACCCAAGCAAAGAUUGCUGCAUUUUGA